GGCCACUCUUGCGCUUGGCAGCCAAUUUUGUUUUGUUUUCAAAAUAUGUUUUAAAUUUCGUGAAAUAUAAUGGAGAACGCCGAACAAGUCCACAAAAUGGAAGACGAUGUAGAAGCCGCCUUCAAACGGCACCAGAGAAUCAUACCCCAGGUGAAGAAGGCGUACGAUGAGGCCAUUGGACAAGUGUUUGCAGAUCUGAGUCCCUCAGACCUACAGGCGUUUUCUGCCAUCCUCCUGCAGCACGAGAACUCUGUCCUGUCCACUGAGGAGCUGGUGACCAACAUGCGCACUCAGAUGACCAUCGUUCUGGGCAAAAUGAAUCAAUCCUUCUUCGACAGGAACGAUGUGGAGAACAAGCUGGUGACCUUGGAGGUGCUCAAGGAAAAGUUUGCUCCCUACGAGGGCAAAGACUGGACUAGGCUCACCCCGGAGGAGCUCACACGGCCUGUGCGCAUGCGCCUCUUGGACUCCAGCAUUCGUUUUAUGGAGAGGCAGCUGGAGGCACAGCAAAAACAACUCGAAAUCUCCAUGGCCAAAAGCAAAGCUAAUCGAGAGCGGCUGCAAAGCGUCCAGAACGAACGAGUGAAACUAACGGCCAAAAUGGAGCAGCAGACGGCCCAGUACAAGGAAAUUAGACCACAACUAUUGGAGCUGCAGCAUUCAAUAAAUAAUUCACAUUUGCCACCUGAAAACUAAAUAAUGCACACACACACAUAAAUGUACAUACAUACCAUUCAAUUAAUAAAGUUACAUGACAUUG